GUCGACAUUUCAGGAUGAAAACAAUCAGCUGAAGAAGGAAAUUGUGUCAUGUCAUAUUGCUCCCUUAUUUAACGCCUUCAGGAUACUGUUACCUGUAUGACCAUAAAAACAUGUGGAGUUUUGAAGGAGACUACCGUCGCAAGCCACAACAGAGGCUCGGGGGUGCGAGUCGGGCCAGGAACAUAGAGCGCUCGGACCUGUUGAGCCAGUUGAAGUCUGACAGAGAAGAGCGCGAGAGACAACGGAGGAGAGAGGCAGCAACCCUCACAAUCCAGUCAUGGACACGGGGGAUGCUGAGCCGAAGGAAGACCAAGCAGGAGUUGCGACAGCAGUGUGAUAGUGUACUAGCCCAAGCAAAGUCUCAGGGAAUUACUGAACCUGCAGCCAGAAAAUUGAUAGCUUUACUGAUUAGAAUUUAUAAUGCAAAAGAUGACAGUGAGAGACUGCUCCAGACCUGCCAGUUGGUGGUGGUAGAACAUCAGCGACUGUCAGGGUGGGUUUGCGCGUCCUUCCAUCAGUGGAUGUACCUUCUGCCCAGACUUGCAAACAUGGCGUUGGUUUCUGUCACAAGUUCACAUGAAGGGCAGUCUGCCAUGCCACAUGCAUCUCCAUUAAGACUCCUGCAAAUACUAAUGUCCCCUGACAGUUGGAAGACAAAGCUAUCAGAAAGCAACAAGCAGAUCUUCCUACUAUCACUUUAUUCAUAUCUAAUUAGUAAAGAUUAUUAUAACCAAGUGGUACACUUGAUGGUGACCCGUGUCCCUGAUAUUUAUGAGCCCUCGCCCGUAGCCCCCACAGCACUUGCAGAUGCUCUCCUGCAGCUGCUUUUGUCUCCAGUGUCCUUUGCUUUAUCACUAGAUGAAUCAACAUUAUUGUCUUCUGUGAUAGACGAACUGUGCCAGGAAAUCUUUGGCAAGGCUUCCCACACCCAGAUUUCUAACUAUGUCAUUCCUUGCCUGGCCUCGAGAGAGAACUUUAAACUGCCCGUAGACAAGAUUGUAGCUGUCUUGGGCAGUCGAUCAUCCAAGUUCUUGAAGGCUUGUCCAGCUCCACCAUUGCUCUAUUCUCUGCUCAUGCUUGUUCGAUCGAAUGCUGAUUUCUCGGAUUCACAUGCUCUGUGCGAUUAUCUUCAAGCAAUAAGUGAUUUAUUAGGGGGAACAACCACCUAUCUCCUUAGUGAAGUGAAUGAUGUCGACUCUGACUCAGACGAUGAUGACACAAUGGAUUCAACAGAAGCCAUAGAUCCAAUAUUGCGCAAGCUUGCAGAGGAGUGUGUUACCAUAGUCAACAGCACAGAACAUGUUGGAUGGCUAUUGAGUCAUGUGGAACGACAAGUCUCUCCAGAAGUGCUGCUCCAUUUCUCAAGGUUAACUCAUCAUCUUUUGACAGCACCAUCGCUGCAGCUCCACCAGUGCAGGUUGUUGUAUAGUGUGGUCGCCCGGCGUCAACUCCUGAGGUCCAUGUGGGUGGUUCUCUCUGGCCUUCAGCAGGGAGCACCCCUGCCUGGAAAUGCAAACACUACCACAUGGACGUUUGGUGUUCGAGGAGCACCUUUGUUGCAAGUGCUGGCACGAGGUACCCCUUUAGCUUCACAUGAGCGUGACACCCUCAUCCCACUGCUUUCCACAUUCUGUGCUACCCUGACUGCUGUUCUCUCCACUCUCCAUGAUUCCGAGUUCCUUGGCGACCAAGAUGAGACGGGUGAGCAGCGAUUUCCUAAAACAACAGAUAACCACUUCCCCUUCACUGUGGAGGAGCUUAUCAAGAUGUCAGCAAGCCUCAGGGAUGUGUGUGUUGGGCUCGUGGAACUUGCCCAUCCAGACGUGAGAAUGUCCGCCUUGACAGACACGUCGUAUAAAACCAUGUGGGCACAUUGCUUUAAGGUGUGUGUAGGAGUGGUCCGUCAAAUACACUUAAGAGAUACCAGACGUAUGUUCUGUCCGAAAGGACAUUGGCUGAGCACCCGUGUGUCACUGCCUCUUGGGAACUGCCAGACAGUGUCCUUUGUACCACGUACGAGUCGAAGACAAAGGAGAUUGUUCAUGCCCCAGAGAUGGCUCACUAGAGAUGAAUUAGAGACUGAGGGCCCACCGCUGUCAAUAACAGAGCAGCGCCGGGCAACCAUCCUCCAAGAACUUCCAUUUGUGAUCCCCUUUGAGUCUCGAACACAGGUCUUCAGCAACCUAGUAGCUGACAAUAGGAGCAGGAGCCAAAUGAGGGCAGACUUCAAUGAAGGGCCUAUGAUUAAUGUGACCAUUAGAAGAACACAUAUCUAUGAAGAUGCCUUUGAAAAGUUAUCACCAAGCAAUGAACCAGAUUUGCACCUACGAAUGAGAGUCCGUCUCAUGAAUGCUGUUGGUUUGGACGAGGUGGGCAUUGAUGGUGGUGGCAUUUUUCGAGAAUUUUUGUCGGAACUCUUGAAGACCGCCUUUGACCCAACUCGAGGAUUUUUCCUUUUAACGCGAGAAAAUACUCUCUACCCAAAUCCAGGAUCACAUCUCAUAGCGGAAGAUUAUCAGACUCAUUAUUACUUCAUUGGUAGGAUGUUAGGAAAGGCUCUUUAUGAGAAUCUCUUGGUUGAAGUUCCACUCGCAGGAUUCUUCGUCUCUAAAAUUUUGGGGAGAUCAUCAUCCUCAGUGGAAUUCCAUCACCUGGAUUCCCUCGACCCAGAACUUUGUCGAAACCUCUUGUACCUGAAGACUUACGAAGGGGAUGUCCAGGACCUCGGACUGGAUUUCACUGUUCUAAACUCUGAUUUAGGACAAAAUACUAUUGAAGAAUUAAUCCCAAAUGGUUCAAAUGUGGCAGUGACCAAUGAAAACAGAAUUGAAUACAUAUACCGGAUGGCAGACUACAAACUCAACAAACAAAUAGCAAAACAAAUACAAGCAUUCAAGAAAGGUUUGGCUGAUGUUGUACCCCUUGAGUGGCUACAGAUGUUUGAUUGGAGGGAACUUCAGAUGUUAAUAUCAGGUGCAUCAGUUCCCAUUGACCUAGAGGACUUGAUGGACAAUACUAGAUAUGGAGGUGCAUAUAAUACCGAGCAUCCAACAAUAGUAGCAUUCUGGCAAGUUUUGCGAGGAUUCAACGAAGGACAGAAACGACAGUUGCUCAAGUUCGUUACAAGCUGUUCACGUCCUCCACUUCUAGGGUUUAAGGAAUUGCAGCCUGCCUUCUGCAUUCAGCCAUCGGGUUCAGAAGACCGCCUUCCAACUGCAUCCACAUGUAUGAAUCUUCUGAAGUUGCCAGAAUACAGGGACCAGCAGACCUUACGAGAGAAGCUACUCUACGCCAUAACAUCUGGAGCAGGAUUUGAAUUGUCCUAGUUUAACACUAUUUAAUAAUUCAGUGAGACGGAUGUGAUGUGUGUUUGUCCUGCGCGUAUGUAUAUUUUUGGACUUAAACACCUGCUACUGCUGCUGCUGGUAAAUGGGAAAUAUGAUCAUACACAAAGGUUUCCAUUUUACUGCAAGACAUACAUAUUUAUUUCAUACAAGUAUUUUUAAAAUCACAACACAUGUUACCCAAUUCCUUUCUGUGAGUAAUUAAGUGUAAAAAGUCCUUGUAUUCAAAAUGUAUAUUGAUGUGGUAUUUAUUUCAAUAUGUUUUCAUUAUAUUAUUGUAAUAACUGAAAAUGAUUGAAAAAGCAGGCCUUUAGUUUUUAAUCAUUCAUACUGAUUUGGUACAUAUUUCAACAUUAAUAAUUGUAAAAACUCAAGAAUGUCUAUGACUGGAUGACGUCAUUGGAAAAUUUGAAAGUGGCCUGACUCCAUUGACAGCCAUUCUGUGCCUCCUUUGAUUAUUAUGACAUAUCGCAUCGUAGUUUGUAAAGGACUGGAAUAUAUCAAUGCUUUAUAUUUUGAAAUAAGUUAUUGAGGAGUGAACUUAAAAAAUGUUAUAUUUACUGCAGGAGAAAAUUAUAUUAUGUCCAGUAUUUAAGUUAUAUAUGUUUUAUUAUUAUUAUUAUUAUUAUUGUUGUUGUUAUUAUCAUUGUGAUUAUUAUCAUCAUUUUUUUUAAAUUAUUAUUUCUAUUUAUGUAUUCAUUUACUUAUUUUUUGGUUUCUCAUUUUUGGAUAUGCUAGUCUAGUUGCACAACCAUCCAGUAUAUUUUUAUGCUUUCUGCAAGCCUUAUAUAUAUAUUACUUUACUAUUUUAAAGAAUAUAUUGUUUAUUAAUGUACAGGAACAGAUCUUGCUGCUUGAAUAAAUGCAGAGAAGUGGUUUUUUAUAGCUUUUCUUUAACUUUACAGAUAAAAUGGUCUCGGCAAUUUUUUUCGAAAUAUCAUAUUUAUAAAGUUAUUAACCCAUUGUAUCCGGUUGCUUCAUGACACUCAUGUGGCCCAAAAUACAGGCAUUAUGCUUAUGUAAACGGCUGUGCUGACAGGUGUCCACCUUUAGGCUGGGCGCACCUGAACACUUUUGUGCGGUGAUAACUCUAUGCCUUCCCUUUGCAAUGUUAUUUUCUCUUUUUAUGCCUAAACAUUUUUAGCUUUUUUGCCCUUUGGUAAUGUCCAUAUUUGUUAUUUAAUUUACUUUAUCAAGAUGAUAAUUGACUUUUCAUUGCACAGACUCCAUAUCAUCUCACUAGGUAGUCUAUAAGAAUAACAACAAUGAGUAACAUUAUAUUGUCAUAAUUUUUAUGUUAUCUUUUUUUUUCUGUAAAACAAUCUGUGCUGCUGGUCAGGGCGGCUAGGAAUAGAAGUGGUGUUCUUCCAGUCAUGGCUCACAGGUGCUACAUUCCACACUUAUUGAUGGAAAUAAUGCAAAAGCCCCUUUCUAUAGAGUGUAAUCACCUUCUUAGAGGUUUGUGCAUUUGUGUUGUCUUUUCUGUCACCCCUGCCUUCAGCCGAAAUGCUCACACCACCAAGUUCAUGUCACCUAGGCCCAUUUAUUUGUUGAAAAUAUUUUUGCUGCAUCAACAUAUAAAGUCAUUAGUAGUGUAUUCAAAAUGUACCGAUAAGGUGAAGCUUGGGGCAAAGCCCUCAGGUUAGGAAGUUUUUCAUAAGUCGAUGUUUGUGGAUCCCCAGAAGGGUAAUGGGUCAGAAUAAAUAAUAAAUAAAAGUGCCAUAUAUCAAUGGUUAUAUAGCAGCACGAUAAAGUAUUAUGGCAAAAAGGUUAAACAUGCAUCAAUGAUUAGGACAAAAUAUGUUAGAUGUCAAGAUUGUAGAGUGCUGAAUGUUCGUUUGUUAGUGACAAAAGGUAAAGAGGGAAUAGCAAACUAAGUACGAAGGCCGUUCAGGACUGACACAAAGCCAGCCUUUCAUCAGUUUAGCAAGGCUCGCACACUUUAGGAUGUGGACAGAAGAAGAGGAAAAGGAAUGGGGGAAAAGAAAUGACCAUGCUAAACUAGUUGAGGCGAGGGCUGAGGUCCAAGGUAGAAGUGAUCCCCUACCUUGGGAUUCAGUCUCCAUCUCCUAAGCCCCCCAUGACAACAAUGAGCAAACACAAAGACAGCCAGAUUUUCCCAUGAUGGAUGGUCAUGCCACCUGCCUCUCAAGCUAAAUUUUUUCAUGUGAUGGUCACGUCAUCCGGAUCAUAUGGGUUAACAUAACUUUCCUCAAAAGAAGUUGGUUCAGAUAUACCAAUCACCCACUAGGAGGAAUAACAGACGCUAGAAAAGGAAAAUCCAGAAAUAAAUAAGGAGUGGGGAAUAAAUUAUUGCUAUUCAAAGUAUAAUAUUAAUGCUAAAAAACUUGCUUGAGAUUUUCAGAAUAAAUUUGUAUCUGUUAUGUAAAGGCCAUCAAUCAUAUGAAGAGUACAGAAAAAUAUGAAACUGGUUUUGUUCAUUUAUCUAGUCAUGAACCUAAGUAUAUACAUUACUUUAUUAUUGUUCACUAAAGCGGUGAAAAUUUCUGUUUGGUAGCUCCAGUCUCCUCCAAUCUGAAAUUAUUAUGUUACUGGACAAAUUUUGGAACCAGUCAUCAUUACUUUAAAUCCAGAACUUGAGGGCUAAAGAAUAGAUCUGAAAUAUAGUUGAUGUCCACCUUGUAGUACAUAGUUUGUAUGUAUGAGGAUACCCUGAGAGUAAUGUUGAAAUAAUGUACCCUCUGUUUGUUAAAUAAAUUGUUGGAGGCAUUCCAUUCAUUUGAACCAUUCAUUUUCUCAGAUAUAUUUGCCCCCCUCCUCUAAAAACAAGCAAACAAAAAAACACUGUUCAUAGGAAAUAAGUUUUAUUAAGGCAGUAGAAUAAUUGUAAAAUAUAAAAUAUGACAAUUAAUUAUUUACAUUGCAAGGGUAAAACAUUGCUUAAUGCAACAAAACCUGUGGUCAUAUAAUAGGCUCUCCAGUCAUAUCAUAGAAAGCAACUAAAAUUUCUUUUAAAAAUGAACAUAAAAACAAAAAAGUCACAAGACACAUGGGAGCACUUUGAUACUAUCACAACUCACAAUGACCACAAUCAGAUUGCUAGCUAAUCAUGGCACGCACACUGUCUCUCGCAAUGCAGGCAGAUGAGGAUAACGAAAGGUAUUGAUUUGAAUUAAGCUUCAAUAGUGUGAUGCAGCAAAAUGAUUACACUUGUGUGUCAAUCAACAGGAGUUAAGUAAUAUACAUAUAAAAUGUAUAGUUCAGACUAUAUUUUUCUUUCGUCCCUUGCCUGUUCUGCACCUCACAAUCACAACAUUUGAGCCAUACUUAAGAAGAUUUAAGUUACUACAACAAUUUCUCUGACAUUAUGCUGGAUUUUAAAAUGAAAAUAAAUCAAUUAAUGACUAACAAGAGACUUGUAAGACUGGUAUUAGACUGUACAAUGUUUAUUUUAUGCCUAAACAUCAAACAAUAAUUGUCAAAAUGGGUGAAAAAACUUCACUACAGUUCUUGUGUCCUGUUUGAUGUAAACGUUUUAAAAGCCAAUAACAGAUUUAAGAAAAUUACACUUGAGUGUGUAGUGUACAGUAAAGUAAUUCACAAAGAUACCUGCUAGAAUACUGUACCUUCAUCAAAUUAUCAUUACCAUAUAUAUAUAUAGAAUUAUGAAGUGAGGAUGAAUGUAUAUAAAUCUGCUGCUACUCGAUGCAGGUGAAGGUGUGAAAAAACAUACACAGUAACAUCAAGGAUCAAACAAUGGUACAGUAGCUGCACGCUAUGAGGGUCUCCGAGGGGCAUGAGGUGCGGUGGACUCUGCAAGGAAUACUAGGGGUGGUUUUUGAGGAAGGUACCAAAGCUUAGAAUUUUUCUUCUCAUCAACUAUUAUCUACAGUCUAUACAAAUGUCAGUUUUAUUAUUUUUUUAUUACUUUUUUUUUUGUAAUUAUCUAUAUAUAUUUUUUUAUAUUUUUUAUUUUUAUUUUUUUGAUUUUCAAAAGUGUAUUGUCUCCUGUGAGCACUGUGAAACAAACAUUUGCCACUGGCCUUUUUGUACUGCCUUAUUUAAAGCCUGAAAACUCUCCACUCCUUGUUAUCUAAAAGUUUUCUUCUCUAGAAAUUCAACUGCAAAAAGGGGCUCCAUCUAAAUAUUAAAUUUUUGAACUGAAGAAAAAAUCUGUAAAACUAUGAUCAUUAAUUAAAAGAAUUGUUACAAGAGCCAUAAAAUUCUCCACAUACACUGUUUGCAAAAAAUGCAAGAUCACAAAUGAUUUUACUAACUUGGAAAAAAUGGAAAAAAGAAAACAUUCACACCUUACCAUAUAAACAAAAACUAUGCAAGAAAAAAGAAAACAAGUUUCUCUUCAUCAAUAGCCUCCAACACAUUUCUCUAUCAAAUGACCACCUUGAAAAUCCACAGUUGUCCUCACAUGGUAUAUUCUCCAAAACCUAGGAGAAGACGGAAGGAAAGUUUCCACAGCUAAUGCAAAUAUAUAGUUUUUUGUUUUUUCUUGCCCCCCUAACAAACGAAAACUGCCUGUCAAAAUCAAAUUACCAAAUAAAGUCACACCACAAGCAAAAUUCAUCACAGAUACACCACAUCAUCAUUAUCAUCAUCCACUUAUCAGGAACCCUCAAAAUCAGCGCAGAAAA